UAUUCGAGUUCAGAAACUUGGACAUCGCCAACAAUGGUCUACCCAUGGAAGAAUCAUCGCGAGACGCUCCGACGUCUUUACGUCGAGGAGAAGAAACCAUUGGAUGAGGUGGUGGAGUAUAUGCGCGUUCACCAUAACUUCACGCCAAGUCGACGGUCGUACCAGGCUAAUUUUGCUCGAUGGGGAUUCCCUAACAAAUUGAACCCGGCCUACAAGAAUGAGCAGCUCGUUGCCCGUGUGCGAGAGCUAUGGGAGACCAAUGUCAAACAGAAGGACAUGAUCUCUAUCCUUGUAAACGAGGGAUACGAAAUCGGCGAGCGCGAAGUAGCUCGAAUCCGGGCCAAGAAUGGAUGGCUUCUGCGGGGGCCCAAUCCAAGUGAGCUUGGGCGGCGGCGGCGGCAGAGCCAGAGCAAAGACCCAGACGGAGUCGAGGACGAUGAAGAUGCCGCCGGUGACGAUGACAGCAAUAACGAUGGAUACAGCCAGAGACACGGGCCCCGGGCCAAUUACUACGGCUUCAGCUCUAGCGGGCUCUCGCCAACUGAUGCGCAGAUCCAGGAGGAGACCCAGGCCGCCAUGCGAGAAGCACACAGGGAAUACAGGAAGCGGCUAAUGGAAGCCGAGUACCACGAGAGAUGGCUGGCCAAGAAACGGCGCCGACAUACCAAGGCAUAUGCCGGCUUGCCACCGGAUCCUCCUGGGCCACCUCGCUUCCCGUCGGAGACGACUCUCAGCGAAUCCAAGGAAAUACUGCAACUCGACGCGGAUGCGUACAAGACGCUUCGAGAGAGGUUUCAUUCCAUAUGCGUGGAUGCAGGCGUCUACAAGAAGACGCUCGUUGGGCCGGAACGAUGGGAGGCGCUCAAGGAGCAGCUCAUCCGCGAAAGCAUGCACCUCCGCGCUGUCAUGUGGGAUCCUACUGACCUGGACAAGAAAAAGCUGGCGAUCGAGAUUAUUGCAUGCGAUGUGACCAAGAGGAUCAGGACCGAAACCAACGCUGUGCGUCUAGCCGAUGCCAAAACCAUACUCGGACUGAAUCCGGAGCAGUCGAGGAAUAUCCGCUCCCAGCUCUACAAUAUACUGGCCCAAGAGAAGUUCACGUCAAAGCUUGAGGACGGGCUGGAAUACUUUGAAGCGCUCAAGCAGAGAUGGAUUGCUGGGUCGCUAGAGCUCAGUAGCGUCGUGGCGGAUGGACCGACAGACCCCGACUAUCAGCGCAAGAUGAAGGCCAUAAACGUGAUCUGCCGCGAUGCGACGAGGAGAUACCGCGCCGAUCUGACCCGCUUGGGUAAAAUCCCUGAACCUAUACAGCCGUCUCCGCCAAAGCCACAGACUACCAAGCCAGCUCCGAAGAAGUCAGCAGAGGCCGCAAGCAAGCAGGCAGCCGGGCAGGCAUCGACACCGGAUCUGGCAUCCGCUCCGGCGGCUGAGUCAACGUCGACAGGGGCUCCAGUCUCCGCCGCGGCAAUCGAAUUCGUAGAGGUGACCACGUCCGACCCGUCAUCUGUGCCCCGCCGGCGUGGCCGGCCUCCGGGUAAGCGCAACAGGCCGAAGCCGCUUCCGCACGUUAGCUCUCGCCUGGUGCUGGCAGAGCCCCUCGAACCCCAGGCUGACCAGGAGAUGCUGGAUGCGCAACUCGAGGUCAGCAUGCCUGUCACAUCCGAUGACCAUGGCUCGUUUGUGGAUCAGCAGUACGUGCAAGGAUACGCUGCGGCGCCGCAGGUACAGCAAGAACAAGCAGCGCCGGCGUCGUCCAGUGCCAUUGCCGUCUUCUUCCGCCUGAAUUCUUCCUCCAAAUUCUUCUUUCCGUCAGCGCCGGCGCAGUGGAUAUGUCCCCUUGAGUCGCGGACCAUGGCGGACGUGAAGAACGCGGCGGUCCAGAAGACCCCGGGCGCUAUGUGUUACAAAAUCGAGGGCAUCGUGAAGGACGGCAAGGGCGGCGAGCUGCCGCUGCCGGUGAGCGAUGAGGCGGAGCUGGAGACGUACCUGCAGCACGUCGAGGGCAAUGGGGCGCCGACAUUCAACAUCCAUAUCGUGCCUGGUGAGUAAGGUACGGAGGCGCACGUAUAGGUCAGGCUUGGAAUGUUGGUAGGAUGGCGCGGGAGGGAAGUUGAAAGGAUGGAAUAUCCCACAUCGCUAAGGACUGCUUAUUUGUACUGAGUUGACAGUUC